UGGUGACUGCCGACGUCUUGACGCGGUUGGACUGCACAUGUUCGUAUUUCACAGCAGGGGUACAAACAUACUACUAGACAGUAGGUGUUGAUGGUUGAACAAAGAUUCACUUAACUCAUCAUGAGAGAUGCUCAGUGAAAUCUGCGGACGCUUUAUCUGUGGAUUAAUGGACCUUUCAGGCAGUUGAACCUCACUCUCUGGGACAGCUACCCCUCUUAGUGUCUCUGGAACUAUUUCUAGCCAUUUCAAUAUGUGGGUAUUCUCAUCAGCAGCACAUCAGCACAAACUGCUGCUUCUUUGGGGUAGGAGAUUGCACCAGCCAGUGUCAGCCUCAAGAGUGGGCUCUCAGUUUGCCUCUUACCAUAUCACAUCUACUCUCCUGUGCCCAGAGGACAGUAGCAUCAAGCCUGUGGUGAAGAAACGACACAGACACAAGCCAGUUGCAUCUGAUGGAUGGCGGGAUCAUGAGAGGUCAGUCCAGAGUAAAGUGUGGAAGACUGAGAUCCCUGUGUUGCAGACUCAAAAGCAAAGGAAGGGAGACGUCCACAGAGUAUCAUCAGAACUCAGGAAACUGUGUCUGGAGGAUUCCCCUGCGGGGAGGGAGAGGCCGGGGAUACAGAAGUUGACAUUGGAUUACAAAGCAGAGAGCCACGAGAUUGUUUUUGGCAUCGCUCCCUGUCUCUUGGCUCUGACUCAGGGCAGAAGGAAGGCCCAAAAACUGUUUGUAAAAGAUGGUGAGGUCUCUCACAGGGCCUCUGUGUUGAAGGUGUGUGAGGAGGCUUGUCGACGGGGAGUACAAGUCCAGCGGGUCAGCAAGAAGGAUCUGGACACAAUGUCUUCAGGGCGAGUACAUCAAGGAGUAUGUCUGCAAGCCAGUUCUCUGAGUUAUAUCACUGAAGACAGACACCUUACACCCAGCAGUAAAGACCCCCCUCUCUGGCUUGUCCUGGAAGGAAUUCAGGACCCGAUGAAUCUCGGUGCCAUCCUGCGCUCUGCUUAUUUCCUCGGUGUGGACAGAGUGGCCAGCAGUCUUUGCGACAGCUGUCCAUUGACUCCAGUGGUCAGCAAGGCCAGCUCAGGCGCCAUGGAGGUGCUUGGAGUGUAUGGAUAUGAAAACCUUGAAGAUAUGUUGAAGUUGAAGGUGGCACAGGGCUGGCAGGUGGUCGGCACAGUUGGAUCUGAAGCAGAGUCUCGGAUUCCUGUCACUCAGUGCUCGGCCUUUAAGAUGACUAAACCCACGUUGUUGCUGAUGGGAAGUGAGGGGGAAGGGUUGUCCCAGGAGCUGCUCUCUCUCUGCCAAACCCUGCUCACCAUCCCAGCCGGCAGAGAUUUGUUUCCCGGCAUAGAGUCUCUGAAUGUCUCUGUAGCUACCGGCAUCCUGCUGCACUCUUUGCUGUCCUCUAGGAGGUCAACCAGAUGACCCCACGCUCAGUACUGUGCAGAAGUUUUAGGUGCUAAAAGUUAAAGAUAAAAAGUAAAGUGAGGCUGCAUUGAAAGAUGAUUUAUCAAUUAGCUUCAUACAAAGUGCUGUAAAUAAUACUAAUCAGUAUUUGCUGUUACCCCAAGUAACCAAAUAUAAGUCUGACAAUAUUCUAUAUUUUUCUUAUUGUCAACAAAUCUUGUGAAAAGACACGACAACAAUGAAUCGAUCCUAUUAAUAAAUUUUGUGUGUAUUUCCUGAGCAAUAGAGCUCCAUUGUUGUCCAGACACUACCUAUUAGAACACAAUGAGCCACACUGUUGCACUGGGUGACAUGUUCCUUCAUCACCAUGAACGUACAAACUGUAGUUUAUUUUGAGUCACUCCCACAUACACAGUCAUGUUGCCUGAAAUACUCCAAAGAGCAGCAAGUAUGUAUUAAUCCACAGCUGCAAAAAGUUCCCAACAAAUGCAAGAUUUUCUGCUGUUAGAUUGAAGUUUGUUAAAAACUACAGUGCCCGGUUAUUUUAGGGAAUUACUGAGACUUAAAAAAAAUAAACCUAUGUAUUUGUGGCCUGUUUUUGAAGGUUUACAUCUUAAAAGUGCCACAAACAGGGCCCAAAAGUCAGGAUUUAUUAAGAGACUGACUACACAUUUAAUCUUCUAAUGGGAUUUGUUGACAAUGAUAAAGAUGUAGAAUACCACCAGCUCUAUCCUUUAAAAUGCUGCUCUCUAGCUCUCUUAAAACGGACACAAGAUUUAACAACCGUCUGUCCUGUCAGAAUUGUAAAAGAGAAAUUGUUUCUCACUGGGCCUUUUGUUUUGAAUAAAAUAGUACUUCAUAUUUAUUCUUGUA